AUGGAGCAUGAACGCAGAAAGGAACAGCAAACACGGAGGUACUUUUCGGACACUCUACGGGGUGUCCAGAGCCGAUUUGUGGGACGUUACGAUCAUGAAGGUUGUGUAGCGCGCCAGAACCUGCAUAAUUCGUGCGCCCGGUUCGCCUGCAAGGAGGACUGUCCGGAAAUCCGCCGCCUCUUGCAGGAGGUUUUGUAUGAGGCAUGCGGGAGCCAAAGCGCUGACGCAACUCAUACAGAACGCUGUGGGAAAGAACUGCUUGAGUUCUUCGGCAACGACACAAUCUCAUCUCCGGAUAGCCUCGAAUUUCUCGAGGAUCUCAUCGAUGAGAGCUAUCAGUGUAUCGUGGUCGAAGACACCAACGGAGGCAUCGUCGGCUUCGCAGCAUUUAACCACUCUCCCCGUCUGCUAACAUCUGAAAUUCAGAAUGAAGCGACGCAUUCAUCAGUGUUACAUAGUUGGCCUGAGUGGCUACAGGCAACUUACUACGACAAUAGAAGAUCACGACUCCAAAGUGACACCAGUAUUCAAAAUAAGGUCGCCGCACACGGUCGGAGGCGCUCGCCGUACGGCAGCGAAGACUCGUCUGUCAUCCUGCCUUCGGAAGUGCCAGAUAUUACCCCGAGUAACACACUGUGGAUAAAUUUCCUCACAUACAAAUCGACUACUGCGAGUGCUGUGCUUGCAACUCUCGCCGAGGCUAUGUUCGCUUCGGCCUUUGAUCUGCAGAACCUUCUCAUUUUCAACAGGCCUCGCGUUCGCAAACCACUACCAAAUCUCUUCGACAUCUUCCCCGCUGUUGUAUACGCCGGGGUCACUGAACACAAGGAUAGCCCACGAGUGCAUGCCUGCACGCGCAGCCACUUCAUACGGCCCUUAAAGAUAAGAAAGGCGAAGGUUGAGGACUACGAUGAUCUUGUCAAAGUCUUCGAUUCAGCUACUGAACUCCGGUCUGGGCACUACGGGGAGUUCUUUCUUGCUGAGUUGAUAGGUGGGCAAGAUGACCGCAACACGUGCUUGGCUGCGGAAGCUGAGGGACUCGCGGUCGGGAUGGCUGCAUUUACAACUGAGGUUGACAUCAAUUUACUGAAUAACUGCUUCGAACUCGAGAACUACGAUUUCUUAGUCGACCGCGAAUACAUGAAUAAAAUCAGGACCACACGGCAUGUUCCAUAUUUCCACGAGCUAAACCAAGUCCUAGACACCAAGGAGGCCGUGAUGUUGAUCCUCUGGCAGGCUCAUUUCACUGACUCCGCCUUGCGAUCAGCGUCUGCAAUAACGCCGGGUCAAGCUCUUUCAGCGUUCUCCCUCUUCAUGAAAGUCGAUUGUCUUGAGCGGCAACGGGUGUCUACGUUUCUGCUGGAAAAAUGGAAAGCCCUCGCGGCCUCGUUUGCCAAGGCCGACUCCAUCCCCGGCGCUGGAGGCGGCUAUGGAGACAUUCCUGCGCACAGGGUUGGAGAAAGCGUUACUGGAGACACGGAGAGAGAUGCAUAUGACUCUACUAUCAAAGUGCACCAGUUCUGCGAACUUCUAUUGACGCAUCCGGAUAUCAAGAUGCCGCCUGACGAUGUCUCGGAGCUCCUCAUGGCCCUUCACUGGUGGGCGGACGUCCCGAUCUACCAUCCGGCUUCCGAUAUCGCGAGAGAAAGGCUUAAAAGUGCACUCCAGCGCCUCUCUCGGGCAGCCCUGGAGCACUUGUCGAUGACUUACGGGACAUCGGGUUGGCUUCAGAAGCUACCCAUAGAACACAAGAACGCCUUCGCCAUCAACAUCUUUGGGCUGGACAAGCAGUGGCACUCCCAGGCCCUCGAGCUCAUUUUGCCUGCAUUUUCGGUUUUCAAAGACAAGGACUACUGCGUCGUCCUUCAGCCCUCGUCUGCGCCUGUGCUUCCCUUCAUGCGCUACUUUAGUCCGGAGAAGAAGAAGCUGACCAGCUCCUUCAACCAGCUGCUUUUCCUUCUCCAUCGACAGACACUCCUAACCACGCCUCUGUUCAGGCAGAUGCGAAACAGUGACGUGGGAGCGGUCCUGGAGAAGACCGCCAGCGUCGGACUUCGACUGAGUCAGGAAGCUCUCAUGAGUGCCGUGGAUGACCCGAACGGGAAUGGCUCUGAUGGAGCAGCGAGCAACUGCGACGAUGCCGUGGGCGACGACAGCUCAUCGUCGCAGAUGGAUGAUGCAGAAGGCUCCGAAGACGACAACGACUCGGGACCGAAUUCCGCAACGCCGACACUCUCCCGGAAAAACAGCGAGAAUGGUGAUCAGCCCGCCGACUCGUUCGUCGUCGUGGGAACGGCAUGCGGUGAGGUCAUCGCGAUUGCUGAGAUUCGAAGUGUUCGCGCCCCGGAGCUGCAAGAUAUGAUGCUGAAGUAUGACAUUGAGCCGUACUUGCUGCACCACCAGAAGCAGAAAAUACAGGAAGUGCGCGAGUUACUCGACGACCGGCGCGCCAAGAGAGAGGCCAGAUGCAAGCUGCGGAGACUCGUGGAGGCGUCAAUCGAAGAAAUCGAACGCGAUGAGCAGAUCGACGACAAACUCAGCUACGAUGCCUUCGGGGGCCACGUUGUUAUCAAGAUAUGCCUGCUUGACUCUGCCUUCCAGUACUAUGAGUCUCUAUUUCUCAGAGAAAUCAUGCGGUUAGCCCGCGCGAAGCUGCUUCACAUGGUUGUGGAGCCGAAUGACUACGUGUCGCCGGCUUUCUACCAAUUCUUCCCGGUGAAGCCGAAGGCGAUAUCCGCCGUAAAAUACCUCGACACAAUCGCCGCGAACCACGGAUACUUUGCCUGUCCGACAAAGGCUGCAGGUCGACCUGGGCAGGACGCCACCCCAGAGAGAAUUAAGGCGUCCGUCCUCGGCCGGCGAAGCACAGUGCAUCAGGCCUUGCAGUUCUUCAAAAAGCAUGAGGCAAGUGCCCCGGACUCACCCAUAAUCACGCGGGCUCACCGGCCGUCGCUGGAGCCAGAGAUGCCUGCUGUAUACCCCUCGUCAUCACUUUCCGCCGUCUCUCAUCUGGUCUGCCGCCCGUCGUUUCUCUCGUCCUACCCCUUCACCUUCUUUGCCCGCAUCAUUGUCGUGGGCUUCUCGGCGACGGCGUACUCCUUCUUGAAAAAUUUGCUGUUUGCGAAUCGGACCUUCCACUUCAAAGACAUCACCCUGCUUGCCCCUGGAGGCCUUCCGCUGCUCAAUCGCGUGACGAAGCCGCUUCUCUCGCAGAGUACGACCGACUACGAUGAGGCCUCAGAAAUACGGAGGUUGCUCCUGGAUCUGAGGGUGCGAAUCGUGAACAGACGCAUUCACCGCAUCGACCGCCGAAACAAGUUGAUCCACCUCGGCGCCGCCGGCUCGCUGUACUCAGGCCCAGGCAGCCCUUCCAGUUCGGUGGGCGUGUGUGAAGACGGGAGCGUGCAAACGGCGCCACCGCCAGAAACCAGCGGGAGACAGCCCCUCUCUGAAGAAGGGGGCCUGAACAGCAUCGUGCUUCCUUACGACUUCCUCAUCCUAACGACUGGCAUGCAAGACGCUGCGCUCCAGUCGAUCGGCGUGAGAAGUUGGGGGCUACCCGAGACACCCCCCGCAGGGACAGACGCGGCCGCAGCCGCCCCCCGAGAGGAACUGACUUUGGAUGGAAACAGGGGGAUAGCCGACUCCGGGUACCCCCGUCAGAGGCGAGUCAACGGCUGCAUCUCCUCGGCGGACCCGCGGCUCUACCACCUGCUCGACGAAGACGGCCCGUACCUCGUUCCUUUGCGAUGGAACCCACUGACCUCCGUCGUCGUCUACGGCCGCUCCUUGGAUGCAUACUGCCUGGUUCACGGCCUGCUUAGCAGGGAUGUGCCUGCGCAGAAGAUCACGAUCAUUCUCCCUCCCAGGUCGUCGACAACGGCUUCCAGUACGCAACUCUCAACCGACAAACAGUCCCACGGCGGGGAUCCUGAAAAGCACCUCGUCGCCCGUUCGGAGUUUUCAGUUUCUCAGCUCGAACUCAGCGAACUCGUUUGGUGCUCGGGGCGGGAAGAUCCAGACGACGAGAUGCUUCCAGUCUCGGAAUUUGCCGAAGGCGAGCCGAUGGAAGUGAAGUGUCAUGACCUCCUUGCGAACCUCGGUGUGACGCUGCUGGAGGGGUACACUCUGCGGGGCGUGGUGCCCGAUAGUCGCGGCAGGCUGAAGUCAAUUCUUCUGGAACACCCAGCCGCAGAAGGGAGCGAGCGCAGCGGCUCGGAGUUUGCGUCGAGCGCCGUCUCGCCGCACGCAGUCGUGGCCUUCAAAGAGGAGGAUGAAGCAUUCCAUUCCAGGCGAAGCUUCAUGGAAGAGCUUGCCGACGAUUGGCAGUCUGGCGGCUUCCUCAUCACUGCGGACAAACGCAACGUCGACGGCGACGUGUUUGAGGCCGUCCACGAGAGCGGCUUGGUCUACGACGGCCGCCUUAUCGUCAACCGGAGAUUCCAGAUUGGCUUUUAUCUCGCCGCCUCCCUCAUUCGGCGACUCAAUCCUCUCUUUCUCUGUACUUCUCAUCCCGCGGCGUCUUCACCUUUCUUCGGCGAGCGUCUCCUGGACAGGCGGAUCCUAAGGCCGCCCAAAGAACUGCUGGUUCCUUUUGCGUCAGUGAGAGGUCUGUUUGCUACCCCCGCAGUCGGGGAGCUGCAGGCCUACCUCAACUACGAUCCAGCCAGUAGUCGAGAAAGCGACGGGCGGAAUCGACUCGCUUGCCUCCCGCGGUUUUCGUUCCCUCUCUGCGUGCAAGGCGUCCUACCUGGAGCCCUCAACUUUUACCGCCUCUCACUGUGCAGCCGCUCUUCUCUGGGACGCCCGCCUUCAGAUUCCUUCUCUCGCGCGCGGCCUUCCGCCCCGGCGUCUGCCAGCGCGCUGCCGAUUCAGCAGCCGCGCGAGGGCGCGUCGACUCAGGCUCCACAAACGUUCAGGGAUGAUGGACUUCGCGAGGAAGGAGGGCGAGACGUCGUGGAAGCAGCUACGUGUGUGGCAACCGACACGCUGGCACACAGCUGGGGUGACUGGAUCGACUCGAAUGCCGGCGACGCACAGAGAUGGAGGCAUCUGCUGUCCAUCGACGGCCAGGUCACGCAGAUUGAACUCGAUGAGCUUCAACGCGUGCGCCAGUUCAAGUACCUCGGGCCAACGCGGCUGCGGCUGGACACGUUUUUCUUCCUCAUGGGCUUGCCGAUCAGCUUCUUCAACCGCGUUCAAGAAAAGAGGAAGGCUGGAGAUAGCGAAGACUUGAUGGCUUUCUUCAGCGAGGAGGAACGCUGGUUUGAAGCUCUUCUUCACUCACGAAUGGCGGCCUUCCUGAGACGCCAGAAAAGCCGCCUCGCUCAGGAUGAACGCAUCAAGAAAUACGUCCACGCAACAAUUGAGUCGCUCCGCGAGAAACGAGAGGCUGUCUGCGACUCGCCUUCCGCCCUGCAGCAACAUGGAGCCGGCGAUCUGUCUCAACGUGAAGGCGACAACUCCUUUUCUGUGUUGGAAUCCGUUGACUCGUUUCCGAGCAUAACGCUGGCGACUCAGCCAGCAAACACAGAAAAACAAGAGAGCAUUGGAUCGCACCAGGGCCCCGAGAGCUCACCGCCCAUCUCCUCCUCCGGAUUCUUCCCAACGGGAGAGUCUCUUUCGAAACAGAGGCAGUUCGAGCAAGUCCACCUGGCGGCAGGUCGCCUGGACGACUUCCACCGAUGCGUAGACAAAGAUUUGAAGCGAAGCAUACAGGCAGAGCUUAUUGAUUUUCUUCGAGAGCACAGAGAAGAGCUAGAUGCCUUUUACAUACCACCGAAGGCGACCUACACUUGA